CGCACGCUGCCACUACACCAUUUUACUACCACUACUACUACAACCGUAACAUACAAACGCGUGUCGGCGCGCGCGUGCCCGCCCGAGCAUUUCGAAAAUCUCAUUUACCGAUGCUUUUUUACGCACGUGCUUGCAACCCUGAAUUUACACCUGUCGCUUGCGCUCGCGUGCGCCCGCGCAUUUCGUUUGACGCACUUUUACAAUUAUACGUUUAAAAACGCCGGCUUGUCUUUUGCUUCUUUCUUUCUUUUUAUUUUUUUUUCUUUCUCUCUCUCUCUCUCUCUCUCUCUCUCUCUCUCUCUUUCUUUCUUUCUUUCUUUCUUUCUUUCUUUCUUUCUUUCUGUCUCUCUCUCUCUCUCUUUCUUUCGCUCUCUUUUUUUUACGUUUCUACAAGAAGGAAUCUACGCUUACCCAUUUUCUUAAAGGAUCGCUGGCGUUCAUAAUGAAGAAUAUCAUGUUCAGGGGUAACAUACUUCAGUCUUAUUAGACAUAAAAGUGUCUACAACAGUCUGGAAUAUAGUGAGGAAUAAAAAGAGAGCUAUACAGUGGAAUUAGCUGGACGCGUAUGCCCAGCAUAUAUUUUGCUAGUAUUUGUUUUUUUAAAUUUUGUAAAGAUGACAGUCUAUAUUAAUAAUGAUGUUUGUUACUUGCAUAAUUACGUGUUAUGCCCAAGGCCAAGAAAAAAUCUUACCUUAGAAAGGUAAGGGAAAUGCGAGAGUAUAGACGACAAAAACUAAUGUCAGAAACAGCAGAGGAACGUGCUCUACGAUUAUAUACGUCGGCUGAAAGAAUGAAGAACGCCAGAGCAAAAGAAACUGAAGAACAAGCUGCUCUAAGAAGGAUGCAAGAAGCUCAGAGAAUGGCCAGGCAUCGGGCUAAGAAGAAGCGUUGUCUCGAUGAAAAUCUAGCUAGAGAGAUAUCUAAAAUUGCAGAACUCUCUAAAAUGCCAGAUGCAGCGACGAUCGCUCAAAUGUCUGAAAUGAAUAUGAAUAAAAUAUCUGCAGAAUUGAAGCAGAUGAUGGAGAGAGGAAAAGUUCCAGAACAUAUAGUACAGAUGGCUCAACUUGCGGAAUUUAGUAAAAUGACCGAAUUAAACAAAAUGUCUCAAGAUAUGGCGAAGAGAUACGAAAUGGAAAAAAUGGCAGAGUAUGCCAAAACAACAGAGUAUGUAAAAAUGCAAGAAAUCGCCAAGAUGUCAGAGAUAGCUAAAAUGAAUGAAAUGGUUAAAUUGUCAGAAAUGGCUAAGUAUAAUGACAUAACAAAAAUAAGUGAGAUUGCCAAAAUGAAUGAAAUGAUCAAAAUGUCUCAAAUGGCAAAGAUUAACGAGGCACAAAGAAUGAACGAAAUAGCAAAAUUAAAUGAGAUGGUAAAAAUGACAGAAAUGGCUAAAUACAAUAAUGAUAUAACGAAACUCAACGAGAUUGCUCAAAUUAAUGAAAUGGCUAAAGAGAUAGCAAAGAUGAACGAAAAAACUAAAAUGAAUGAAAUGAUUAAAAUGGCAAAUAUACAGAACGAUAUAGCAAAAAUGCCAGAGUACUCGAAAAUAGCCGAAAUGGCUAAAUUAACGGAGUUAGCUAAGCUUAAUGAAAUAACGAUAACAAAAUUAAAUGAUCCUCCUCCACCCAAAGUAGCAGAAAUUCCAAGAAUUCCUGAACCUGUGAUUACUGUGCCAAAUCCAAGGAAUUUGCAAAACGUUCAAACUGUUCAAGUAGCACAGGCUAGCCCAUCUAGUACGAUAAAUUUUCCGACUGUGCCUGGCCAGGGUAAAUAUGCCCAGCUACUGGUUAUUAUCGAAGAACUCGGUAGAGACAUUCGCCUCUCGUAUGCAGGAAGUCGUAGUGCCGCGGAACGCCUGAAAAUGGGUAUACAGCACGCAAGGAUUCUCGUACGAGAAUGUUUGUUAGAAACAGAACAUAAUGCGCGACAAUGAUCUGUCGAUGAACUUAGCCGCUAGAUUUUUAGCAGAUUAUUUUCCAAGAUGAUGAUAUGUAUGAUCUAUCGAAUGCAGCAGAUUAUUGUCUUUGUUCGAACAAAGAAGUUUACAAGUUAUAAGAAAUAUAUCUGCUGCUAUGUAUAUUAUGCCAUCUUGCCGAUAUAAGCUUAGUACCACUUUGACAAUGAAUCAAAAUGCAUUAUAAUGGACUGCUUGUUUAAAAAUAUUAUGCGAUCUGAUAAAUACUUGUAAUGUAUUUGGUAUAUUAGAUUGUCAAAGAAAAGAAGUUUUAAGCCAGUGGUAUUUAAGGCUUAAUACAUAUUAUUAUUAUUAUUAUUA